CACAAAACAAACAAACAAUAAUUGAAAUAAAAGAAGAACAAAUAACUAAAAAUGGCUUUGUGUUCCAAUAAAACCCUAAAGUCAACUCUCUUCUUCUUCUCUGUUCUCUUCCUCUGUUUCUCCUUCAUCCUUGCUCACGGCGGCAUAGACGACGGGGACGAAGAAGAGCAGACUAACCAACCACCUCCGGCAACCGGAACAACCACCGCCGUGAAUCUCCGAUCGAGGAGCUUGGUGCUUGUGAAGAUCUACUGUAUUCUAAUACUCUUCUUUAGCACAUUCUUAGCCGGGAUUUCACCUUACUUUUACCGAUGGAACGAGUCUUUUCUCCUCCUCGGGACUCAAUUCUCCGGUGGUAUAUUCCUCGCGACCGCUCUAAUCCAUUUCCUCAGCGACGCCAACGAGACUUUUAGAGGAUUGAAACACAAAGAGUAUCCUUACGCCUUCAUGUUAGCAGCCGCUGGAUAUUGCCUUACAAUGCUCGCAGACGUGGCCGUUUCGUUUGUUGCGGUUAACCACCACGGCCGAGGAGCUGGCGCCGUAGAGUCUAGGGUGGGUGAUGACGUGACAGUGAAAGAGGAAGGCCAUCAUGGUGUUGAUGUGAAUCAAGUGCUUAUACGGACGAGUGGAUUUGGAGACACAGCUUUGCUCAUUUUUGCACUUUGUUUUCACUCCAUCUUCGAGGGAAUUGCCAUUGGUCUCUCAGUGACUAAAAGCGACGCUUGGAGAAACCUAUGGACAAUAUCAUUGCACAAGGUCUUCGCAGCCGUAGCAAUGGGAAUAGCUCUCCUCAAGCUAAUCCCCAAACGACCAUUCUUCCUUACUGUUCUCUACUCCUUCGCCUUUGGGAUAUCGAGUCCCAUAGGCGUAGGGAUUGGCAUUGCCAUCAACGCCACUAGCCAGGGAGCAGCUGGUGACUGGACCUAUGCGAUAUCUAUGAGCCUUGCGUGCGGAGUUUUCGUGUAUGUAGCGGUUAACCAUCUCAUCUCAAAGGGAUACAAGCCUCGUGAGAAAUGUUACUUCGACAAGCCAAUCUACAAGUUUCUUGCUGUCUUCCUCGGCGUUGCUUUGCUCUCUUUUGUUAUGAUUUGGGAUUAAUUUUGUUGGUGAUACUUUAGUUUUUCGUUGAUUAGUUUUUCUUUCUUUCACUUGUCUUUGUUCAAGAAUCAAGAUAUUGUUUUCCUAUCAUCAACGUUUAUGGAAAGUAACAAUUCAAUGUAAAUUAUUGUAAAACAGAAAUUAUAAGCAAAUGUGAUGACUAAUGAGCCACCAUUACAGAUUA